AUGAUGGAGGAAAGCACUUAUUUUGAUACACUUUGUGAACUGGAGCAAUGUUUGCAGGCAAACUAUGAGAAUUUAGACGCAGUUUUGGACACAUUACAGAAUCUUACGAGCGAGAACUUGAAUGAUGAGCAAAUGGUACAUUCGCUCCAAAUGCUGUCAAAACAGUAUAAGGCGCUGUUGGACAGCUCUGUCGAUCUCAGAUACUCGAAAUUCAACACAAGAGAGUCUCAAAUAGCAAGUAUAAGGAAUUCAGAAAGGGAGAAUAAUGUUUUUGCCGAUACCAAACCACAGAGAAACCUAAAUGAGUACGUGAAAUAUAUAGAGAACAUUAAUAGAGACACACAUGAGUACGUGAAUCUCUUAGAACGACUUUCUGUGGACUUGGGAAAGCAAGUUGACAUUUCAGAUUCCAAUGUGACGGAGCUUGUUGUGGAUGACUGGACUCCUCCCAGUGAGUUAAUAUCAUUAUUAGAGCAAUACAACGAGUCUAGCUCCGAUAUUGAAUUACAGGACUCCAAAGUGGACCGCUAUUUGGAUCAAUUAAAGUUGUUGCGUGCUAAAUACGCAAUGGAAAAUAACUAUCUAUUAAAAAGUACUUUAAAUGAUCUAAAUGAUGAAGUAAAUUAUUGGAGAAGGGAGUAUGAAAACAUAGAAAGUAUGAUGUUUGGUAAUGGACCAAACUCAAUGAAGAAAAUGCUGCAUAACGUCGAAGUUUUAAAAGUCAAAGCUGCCGAUCCAGCCAUGGCUGAGAACGAAGAACAGCCUCCAAGAAAGCAAGAUGCAAAGUAG